UUUUCGGAAUUUAAAAUAAGUAGAUACGAUUGCCCAGUACACAUGGUUGCCAUUUAAUCUCCAGAUUUUUUUAUAUAUGCGACGUGGACCCAAAAUAGUAUUAUGUCUUGUAAUCUCUGACAGUAGACCAAGAGCAUACAUACUUGUUCAAAGUAUUAUACACCCAAUAAAAAAGGUGCAAAUCUAAAAUAUUUAAUCUUUUUUUAUAGUUUACCUGAGCGACAAUGUUAAAAGUUACUUUUAAACGCUGGGUAGUGAAUUUUUAGAUCCACAAUACGUUGAAUGUGAGAUUUUAAAAAAUAAUUAAGAUAUAACAAUCUACUUUUUAUUCUCAUAGUUUUAAGAAGUCAAAAGAAUACUAACAAAUAGCUGAAAUUAUUUAAAAAAAAUAUCGUAUCACGUAGAUUCUUAUGGUAACAUAAAAUACUCUCUCUACUCAAUGAAAAAAAAAAGCUAACAAUGCUGCUCAAAUUACUCAAUAAACAGGUUCGUUUUUUGCAAUAUUUUAUGUGUUACACUAAUUUUAUGUAUGUACCUAGUACUUUUGACUAAGGCUGUCAAUAUAAACCUAGGUAAUAUCCUAGACUAAAGUCUAGACUAAGGAUAGUAAGUCUUGUAGUCUAGCUUAAUAUUUAAAAAACUCAUAACCUAAUAACGAAUUUAAUGUGCAUGGUAAAAUCUUUGCUGCGCAUGUGCAGCGGAGACGGUGGAGCCUCGAAAGCACUCGAAAGUGCAGCGUCAUUGGCAAGGCGAGCCAUUGUAUUGUAUUGCUCUAUGACACUAUGAGUCUGUGGUAGAGACCUAAAACUAAGGAAUGUAAGUAAAACUCUCGUAGAGACUACGGAGCGUAGUCAACUAGGUUGUUGUUUUACCUCUGUUUUAUUUAAGCUUUUUUCAAGCGACCAUAAUUAUUUAUGUUCAAAUGCGGUCGUUCCGAUGAUCCGUCCAUUGGACAUCAUUUUACGAUCUGUGUCAAAGCCUUUUGCGUAUUAGUUUAGGCCGGACCGCGUGGGGUUACCAGAUCCAGGUUCUAAAAUAAGCGCUACAAAGUGUAGUAGCACAUAGGUAUGUCGUAUUUUAAUUUCAUUUUAGAACUAAAACAAAACACCCCUUUCGCAUUGGCUGUGUAAGUGCGGGCCAAGUUAGUACCUGGGUAGAUUCGUCUAUGUCAAAAAUCUCAGAUUUAACUAUCAGAUUGCUUAAGUUAUUGUUCUAUGUGAAAUCCCUUCUCGUCUGGCUACUGGGGUGUAACGAUGACAUACUAUUAAAAAAACUGACGCGAUGACCGAUGAGCUACUCCAGUUGAUUCUUGGAGAAUUAAUCCAACACUAAUUUGAUAGAGUAAAUGCGUCAUGCUUGAACCAGGGUAUGAUGUGGAUCACCAGCAUUUUUCAAAGAACGUUUUUUGGUAUCGAGUCUAUAAUCAGCGGAUUACAUACCUACCUUACCCUCAUCGCGGCCUGCACAUAUUAGGUAACGAGGACUAUUUUUGAUUUCGUUGACACGCGAUGUGUUUUUUAGCUAGCUGUGAAAGCUCAUUUACUAGAACAAAUAUUACGCGAGAUUAAAUUGGGUUAAACCUGGAAUAAAAAUGUUAUUAUGACAUGAUCAUUAACCCUUUAAUACUAUUUAAAAAAUAUAUAAGCAAGUAAUAAAAUAUAUUGAAACCAAAGCUUUGGGAUAAUCUUAAUCGUAAUUGAUGUGUCUACUUAUGUUGAAUCCAGGAUGGGGCAUCCCUUCCCCCAUGCCCCUAAAGUAACGGCUAAACUUUUUUAAUCCGGGAAAAUAUAUAGCGUGACUUUUAUAACGGAAAAGUUAAUCCAGGAAAACAUUCUUAUGGGGGCGGAGCCCCGGGCCAAAGCGAAGUAUAUUUUAUGAAUUGAAUGCUACGACACAAAAUAAUAUGCAUCCAUAUUAUAAUAACAGUCAAUGGAAUAAAAUAGUCUCCAUUUCCAUCACAUUUAUUUUUUCUAAAAAACAUUUUCAACGGGUGUUGAGUAUCUAUUGUAGUGCUCGUAGUACGCUAUAGGUACUAAUCGUACUUAAUACGACCCCUGGAUAGACGGCAGUAUUGGUGACGAAGCCUCCCACUGAAAGUCAUCCCUUACCUCCUUCCCCUAGUUAGAAACAGGCCGCUAAGCAACACCGUGAGCAGACGGUUCUAUUGGUUAACUAGACAUUCCGCAAAGAAACCCGGAGCCAUCUCUAAUGCGUCUAAAAUGCUCGCUGCCGGUUUUGAUUGGUAGGCUGAUGUAGGUGUACUUUCUACCUAUGGUGUAUUCUCGUUCUCGUUCUCUCGCCCCUACGGUUUCUCAAUGUUUAUUAACGUUCCAGGCAGCUUAACGCUAGCUCGUAAAACGGGUGAUUCAAACAUAAAGCGCUCAUUGACAUUGGCGGCUGACGCAAGACGGCACUUAGUGACAAAUGCACUUUUCCCGCCAAAACAAUCGGAGGCUAAAUUAAUUUAUAGCCUGGCUGUAGUUAGUUGGGUUGGUUAUAAUUUGAAACUGGUCACACUGAUUAAAAAGCUGAGAAUUGAUUUUUGAUUGCGAGGUGCUGCGGUGCAUCGUAUGGGCGUGCUGUUUGCUGAGAUUGUGUUCCUGCUUCGUACCAGGAAAAUAUUUCGAUCGAACAGCGAAGCCUGUUCGAAAGCUUAGUCACGUAACGCUAACUGGACAUGGAGAGCGCUGCGGAUAUCCAGCCACACGCGGUUGCAGAAUCCGAGAGCGUUCCUCAGUGCUCGGCGACUUUGAAAAUUGAAGAUGUUCAGGGCAAUGGUGCUCAGGAGGCUCCAGAAACUUCGGCUGUUCAGGAAAAUCAAGAGGCUGCGGAGAGUCAGGAGACUGAUGGCGCUCAGGAAACUCAGGAACCUCAGGAGAUACCGACGGAUCAGGAGGCUCCGAAUGCUCAGGAGGAUUCAGUUGUACAAGAGAAUCAAGCGCCUGAGACAAACAAUACUUCUAACAAAAGCUUUGACCGAGCUAGCCUUAAAGAAUACAGAAAAACACUGUCAGUUGGAGAAUGGAGUCCAAUAGAAAAUGAUUCUGGUGUCCUGACAGCCCUCCUCAAGGAAUUAGGCGUCAAAGGAGUCCGAAUGGAAGAAUUAUGGAGCGUCAAAGAACGUGAUUUUCAGAACAUAAGACCUGUGCAUGGCCUCAUCUUCUUAUUGAAACACCCGCCUUUGGUAGCGACUCUACCGAAAUUAGGCUAUACUGACGCUUUGGAUACAUUUUACUUUGCUAAACAGGCGGUCAACAAUGCGUGUCCAACUCAAGCAAUGCUCAGUAUAGUGAUGAAUAUUGACCAUCCUGACGUAGAAUUGGGCGAAGAAUUGAAGAAACUAAAGAACUAUAGCACGAUACAUGAGCCAUUGAUGCGCGGUAUCAUCCUCGGAGAUGCGACAGCGAUUCGCAACGCUCACAAUGCUGUGGCUGAGCGGUAUGCACUGGAGGUGGACAACCAAACCUCUGCCAAGGUGGAUGUUCAACACCAUUUUAUAUCGUACAUGCCCAAGGGAGACAGUGUAUACGAAAUGGACGGCCUUAAAGAUAUGCCUUUCAAUAUGGGCCAUAUAUCACCCGAUGAGGACUGGCUGGAGCUCAUCCGACCUAUCAUCAUGCAUAAGAUUUGCUUCUUCAUGGACAAGAACAUCUUCUUCACCAUCAUGGCCGUGGUGUCAGACAAACGAACGGUUUAUGAAAAUGAACUCAUGGGUCUUUUGGACGAGUCCGAAUUGAAUGUAAAGAAUAAAGAUUUUAAAAUGCGGCGCUUGAAGACGCUGAUUGAGUACGAGACGGUUAAGGAGCAGAAGUUUAGACUGGAAAAAGCGCACUCGUGUCACAAGUAUUACCCGUAUCUUCUAGCGCUGUACAAGCUGAAGAAGAAGGAGAAGUUAUUGCGCAAACAACUAGAUCAGUAUAAAGUUCCGAAACCGUAAACAAACUGACGGAUUUCGCAAAUGAGUCCGUCCUUUGUACUCCCUACCAACGAGGACAUUGCAUCCAUUGUAACGGACUAAUACUUAAUAUAAAGAGAUCAAGACUGUCAGCAUACGAUGGAACAGUGGACCCACAGGGGCAACAUUCGGACGAAUGUAGGGACAACUCGUCUGAAAAAAGAUCUGCAAAGAUUUCUGAUCGGUUGCAGGAAUAUUGGACAUUUCAAUCCGCUUAUUUCAACGAAAGGCGGGUGUGUAACGGCCCCUUAUAUUUGGGAUAGGUGAAAUACGUUUCCUUCGUAGCAUGCCAAAAUGAAUUUACGUGUAAUAAUAUAAGGGUAAAAACAUUAUUAAGUAUUUAAAAGGUAAAGUUAGAUUCGCUUGACUGAUUUUUCCUGCAUUAGAAACUAAGCUGGUAUCCUUUCUGACAGCUACUGUCUUAGACGUACAACGGAACCCAUGUCACAUCGUUAAAUUUUUUUCAGUAUGCACAAAACCGUAUUUUGGAGUUUUGAUAUCUUACAGCUUAGUACAUAUUUGCGUAAAAAUAAAUAGCCAAAUUUCAAUUUAAAAAUAAAUUGUAACGUCUAACCGAUAAAUUUCUCCCAUGCGUGUUAUUACGCACUAUUUUCUAAUAUCACUUAAAACGUAGCACAGGUAUUUGACCAUAAUACUUGCUUUUAUGCCAUAGUUUAUUCGCACAUAUUUGAUAAUUAUGAUGUAAUAAUAAAGCCGAUAGGGCGUAUAUUAUAAAUGUCUAACAUUACCCCGAGUUUGGAACUCUCUAAGCAUUGGUGUAGCUAUAAACUUUCUAUAGAGGGACGGCUGUAGGUAGCAAUAAAAGCUGUCCAAACUCAACAAAAGACCUGCACUAGGUGAGGUCGCUGUAAGUGUAAGCCCUUUUUUCACCCCCGUGCCCGAAAUAAAUACGGGGUUAUCUAUUAGUAAGUAACUUAGUGGCAACAUAUAAUAAUAAUUGGUCUGAUUGUCUCCAUAUCUCAUGCAUGCAUACCAUUUUAAAUACAGUAUGCAUUUUUAUGUUUAGUAAUAGUAGUUAGAAUCCGGAUAGUGGAUGGAUAAAUAAAAAAUAAAACUCUGAUAAAUUAUUACAUAAAUUUAUUGUCUACCAGUAAUGACGCGCUACAGCUCGGCACGACGCCGCGCUGAUCACAUACAGAUCUCACAAAAGCAGUUGGCGAACAUUUGGCGAAUAGUUUGUGAAUAUUUCUUAGAGCUCUCCAUUACAUCUUUAUAACAGUGAUCUCGUGAGUGGUUAGUAUGUAGUGACAUGGUAAUAUAUAAUAAUAUGUAGCCUUUACACUAUUCAUUAACUUGUCUCAUUGAUAUAUAAACGUUAAAAAUAAU